AUGACAGAUCAAUUUGGGAAACAAAAUUCAUCGUUGCUAAUUGUUUAUACUCAUCAAAAAAUAGACCAAAAGCAUUGGAACGGAAAUUUCGUCAUUGAAAUAACUAAAGAAAAUAUAAUACUUUACGAUGCUGAUUAUAGUGUGCAAGCAACAACUUGGAAACCGUUUUCGGCUGUUGGCCCAAGUCGUAUUGUAUUCUUACAGAAAGAACCGGAUGAAAUUAUCAGUUAUAAAUUAAGUUGCUUAUGCUCGAAAAAAUACAUGCCUUACAUCGAAGUUUCAAGUAAUUUCGGAACUUUGGCUUGUAAUUCUCGCAAAAAAAUACGAAUCCAUGCCAACGAUUGCAUUAUCCACAAUGCGAUAUUAAAAAUGAUUUUCGAAGGGACGAAUAAAGGACAAAUGACAAAAUCAAUACAAACUUCCUUUCCACCGCCAUAUGCUCUUCCAAUAACGCUUGAAAAUUAUAUGAAAGGUAUUGGUUAUACAGAUGCAAUAGCUGGUAUAGAAUAUAAUAAAUCAGAAGAAAAAUCAUUUAUGGAACGAUUGAUAUUAAUGUUGGUACCACUGAUCCUAGAAACAACACCGUCCAAUUAUCUAAAAUAUGACGUUGAUGGUGUUAAAAUCCUUUGGGAAUCUAAGAAACAAAGAGUUGCUCUAACGCGUCAGUAUGUCGAAAUAUUUAAACAGAAAGUAAUUAGCAAUUAUACGUUUAAAAAUUGCAAUAACUUUGAUUAA